UACGGUCUAUAACGAGUAACCGUGUCACACCGACUCUUGUUCCCUCUCCUCGAAGAGAUAGAAUAAUCUACUCCUGAGGAAAGCCACAUCGUGACCGACACCUUCCGGAAGUGUGAACAUCCGAUCAGCUGUGGCCUGCUCAGCGCUCGCUAUCAUGGUUAUCUGGAAGAGUGCAAGGCUUUGGCUCGAGUCGCUACAUCAGUCAAGCUCUGGCAGCUAGCUACACGGAUUUACCGUAGCUAGGGCGUUGAGUCUACCGGCGUCAUCCCACAACUAGUUUGAAAAGAACAAAGACGAAUAAAGUUACAAGCAAUGUUUGUGAGUGACAUAUUUCAAGCUUUGUCCUGGCUCAUGGCAUGAUUUCAGUGGAGCUACAGAGUACAGUAGAAAAGCCAUGAAGGCUGCCGUGUGUGUCCUACCUGCUUUACUGGUGCUGCUCGUGCUUGGAGAGGCGGCAGGUGUCCGCCAGGAGAGAGGUAUUGCUGUGCUGGCUGCGUUGCCGGUGCUCUCACACCGAGCACACCGAACGGACGAUGUGGAGGACGCUGGCCAUCCGACCGAUAAGCUUCGCAACACAUCACCGAGUACUGAUGGUGCAGCUGCAGGGCCCAAGACAACGGACAGUGUUGCUCAGUUAGAAGAAGAAGCAGCAGCACCAACUCCUGCCUCCUCCUCUGCACCCACGGCAGUGGAGCUGAGUGCAGUGAGUGCACCGGUCAUACAGGCAACCAGUACAUCCAGUGCACCGUCUGCUAAUCAACUGACCAAUGUGCUAGCCCACACUGGCGUGGCUACUGUCGUCGGCAACAACAGCAGCAGCAGUGCUGUUGUGGCGGAUACCUCUGUUGUGUCCACCGUAGCGCAGACUCUAACCGCCAACCGCACACCUGUUCAGGUUACUGCUAGCAGUGGGACAGGCGCAACUAGCUCUGUAUCACAACCAUACACAAGUGGCAGCAGUGACGUCGCCACCAUCAGUGUCAGCAGCCCUGCUUCGAGCUCUAACAGCGCUGCUGCCGACUCUGACGGUGUUGCUGCCAGCUCUAACAGCACUAUCAGUAGUACGGGAAGCAACAGUGCAGUGAACUCUGCUACCAUUAAUACUAUUGGCACGCUUGCACCCGACACUGCCGACGGUACACCGGCUGCAACCCAUGUACCGCAGUCCGAAUCCUUCACAGUCGUAACCAGCCAUGUGCACCAAUCGCAUGGGAACGGAGCUACACCCAACAUGACUGCUUCAGUACCGGCCAGGUUGCCCGCAUUGGCUUUGAGCGACGCCACACAUUCAACACUGGUGUCAAACAAUAAGACAUCAUCACAGGCCACUGUGAAGACUCCUGAAGCUGAUCCAGUGCAGUUGGGAACGACUAGCAGCUACGCAGCAGUAGCCAGGGCAACACUUGGAAACCGUUUGAAUGGCAGCAGUGCGACUACGAGCACGGUAGAUCAUGUUGAACCACUCACAGUAUUCACGACAAACUCCACUAGAGCUGCUGCUAGUCCAGGUAAUAUGCCCACUGCAACUAGUAGGCCAUCAACAACUGCAGCCAGCGAUGUAGCUCGCUCAUCCAGCUCUGAUGGGGGAAUAGCAGCAACGGGCAUUACGUCAGCUACCCGGUCUUUAUCAGCCACCAGCAGUUCAAAUGCUGUUCAGCAUGUUCCGGUCACUGUUAAUCACAGCAUGUUGAACUUGUCGAGUUCUUCUGCAUCGGUGUCUACACAUGGUGAUCUCGCCAACAGCAAUGUCAGUGGGCAUGUCACUAUCUCUACUCCCAGGGUGCAUACGAACAAGACCAUUACUACAUCCUCAUCUGCUGGUGUGACUAAGCAGCCAAUCAUAGCAGUGAGCGUCGAGGACAGCACCACAUCUCCCAGUACUGCAGCUAUCCUGACCGGUACAGCAGAGGCUGCCAAACCCGUUGCUAGCUCAGUGUCACGCCAAUCUAAUAUGACUAGUGUGGAAGCAAGUACUAGUGCAGCGAGCAACCCAACAAGCAGCUCUUCUCCAGCAGCAGUGAGCACAUUCAGCACCGACAGCUCUGUUCAUGUAACUGCUAUGCCAGUGAUUAGUGCAGAGCUUACUAAUGCCAUGCCCUCCUCACACACUGCAGCUGCCAGUGCUGCCCCUAUCUCCACUGCUACUAAUACUACACCGGCAAUGGCAACAGAGCCUUCUAAUGUCCCAGGUGCUGCUACCGCGUUGACUUCCCCUGCAGGAACCGACAGAGCGACUGAGCGCUUGACUUCUACCGUUGAAAGUGAAAUCCCUGCGGCUGCUCUCCAGACGUUGCCACACUAUCGCACAGGCGUAGUUGAACAUACCACACCCGUAGCUUCUUCUACCCUGCCUCCGAUGGAGACGGUAGAGGCAACCGCCCCAGAGAGUACUUCUCCCCAGAGUGCCACUCCUGUGCAGCUCAGUUCAGGCGUUGACAAUCUGCACCGUGUAUCAACAGCGGAUUCGCACACACUGAGGACAUCAACACUCUCCAAGGCAUCCAGGGUAGUGACCAGUACAGCGCGGAGUGGUAUGGAUGGCACAACAGCCAUACCCAGUGACAGGGUUCUGGCCACUUCUAUUCCUGCUAAUGUACAUACUGGCCAGAGCUUGGCCAUUGCUCAAUCAUCCAGUGCCAGUACCAGUGCUGCCGCUGUCUUGUCUAGUGGGGCAGCAGCCACGACUGUUGCUCUGCACACUGCUAGUGCUACACAGCGUGCUGUAGUAUCAAGUAGUGACAGGUCGUACGCCACUGGCAUACCCACUACCGCUCCACUGCACACAGACAGCAUGUCCACUGCUGCUCUACUAGACACUGACAGUACAUCCAAUGCUGUUCCACUGCAUACAGACAGCAUGUCCAGUACUUCUCCACUGAAUACCGACAGCAUGUCCACCACUGCUCCACUGCACACAGACAGCAUGUCCACCACUGCUCCACUGCAUACAGACAGCAUGUCCAGUACUUCUCCACUGAAUACCGACAGCAUGUCCACCACUGCUCCACUGCACACAGACAGCAUGUCCACCACUGCUCCACUGCAUACAGACAGCAUGUCCAGUACUUCUCCACUGAAUACCGACAGCAUGUCCACCACUGCUCCACUGCACACAGACAGCAUGUCCACCACUGCUCCACCGCACACCGACAGCAUGUCCACCACUGCUCCACCGCACACCGACAGCAUGUCCACCACUGCUCCACCGCACACCAGCAGCUCUGCAUGGACACUAACUGGCAGCAGCGACAGAACUGGCUCUAGCAGUACAGCUGCCAUGACAACACCGACCAUCAUGGCUAUUCACACCAUGUUGCAUUCAGUAAGCAGCAGACAUAGAUCAAGCAGUAUGGCUACUGAAGCAGGGAAAACCCCUGCCACCUCUAUUGCUACUGCUACCACCACCACCACCAGCAGCAGCAGCAGCAGCAGCAGAGCCUCGGGUGAUCUGGAGAUGAGCACUCGUACAAGUAGUGUGUCCAGGAGCAGGCACACCGCCACCACCACCAGCACUACGCUGCCCGGUGCACGGCACAAGGGUGUCACCGAUCAUCUGAGCACAGGUGAUGUGGUACCGGUGGAGCAGGUCACUUCUACUGACCGUUCGCGUGCCACCCCUGUGUCCAGUCACCGGCAGGUAGGCAACAUUGCGGACUCCACAGGCUCACGCAGCCCUCCGCCCGUGUCCAGUCAUCAUGGAGUAGGCGACAUUGCCGACUCUUUUCCGGUAACACCGGGUAUCCACUCGCCGGUUCUGUCGGCGUUUGCAAGUAGCACCACUGUCACUGAGGAGCACACUGCAGCAGAGUACCAGCCGUCAGCAAACAGCAGUACUGCUACUGCCAACGUCAGUACACUGAUCCCGCCGGGACCUCCACCGCCGUCCGGUUACUCCACAAUGCAGAUGGCCAUCACCUACAUCUACUGUGCUGUUGUGUUUUUGAUGGUGGCCGGUGCCGUGAGCUCCUACUACUAUUACAAGCGUCGUCCUCCCCACCGGCCACUCUCCGACUCACUUCUCAUGACCAACGUUCAGGAUUUGGAGGAUGAGGAAGAAGUUGAGGUCUAUUCUCGCCGCCCACUGAAUUCCUACCCCAGCUGGUUUUCAUCUCUGGGCCGUGGCCGUGGCCGCGGUGGUCGCCCUCCAUCGUCGUAUCGACCUCUCUGCAAUGACGAUGUGUGAAUUAGGUGAGUGUGGCUUGAUGUGUGCUUGCACGAGCAUGUGUUGUCACAAUCAGAGUGUUGUGACAAUCAGAGUGUUGAGCAGCUUGAUUGCAGUGCUAAUGAACAGUCAGUUUACAGUAGUGAUUGGGGCCAGGCAGCAUUUUCUGUGAACAAUCAGUCAGGUUGAAGUUUCCACUACCCAAUGGCAGACUAGCCCGCACAACAGUACAACGUGUUGCCAAUUGGUGACCCUACCCUGCGCCGCGCUAGCGCUUUGCGCUACGUGACAAGAGGCGGCUGGGCCGUCCUGUUGAAUGUGCUGCGUGGCUACCUGUGUGCUAUUUGAUGCUGGACCUGUGUGAUAACACUCGGCACAUGGAACACAGGACCGUUCAGUACCGAGGAGUACAGAAGCGACUGAUGUCAUGACAUCAAGGUCGUUGACCCGCCACCCUGUCCUUGAGUUACUGUUGAUCCUGAUCUGAGCGUCCUAUGCUGCAGCAGACCAGCGCGGCUGGCUAUUGCAUCACACUGCUCACCACUGCCACUGCUCACCACUGCCACUGCUCACCACUGCCACUGCCUGCGCCAGUGCCACUGUACCUGUAAUACCUGGUGGUCUAGAACCAGUCAGACACUGAAUGACAGUGGGAAAGCUGCCUCAUACUUUAAAAACACGUGUGGGCAUGCAACAUGGCUUCCCUCCGGGUGACUGAGACACACCAUUAUGGCUGGACCCCCCCCCCCCACGAUGUCUCCUUACUAGCUAUGAUAUAGCGUCCCUCCGUAACAAGCAUCAAAGUGUUGUCACCGCUGUGUUCAACUAACAUUUUCGUAUUUCCCUAUACUUGACUCGCUUAUAUCACCUUACCAUCAGUCCCUUUGCCCGUCCCGCCAAGCCGGUGAUUUCAUUUUUGUGAUACGAGUCCCGGCGUAUUUCACAUUACCCUGGCUCAGUCUGUGUGGGAACUCUUGAAGCUUCCCUGCAGCAGCAGCAGCAGCAGCAGCAGCCCUGUCAUUGUUUCAAUCUUUAGUUUGAUAUACUAGUAUUUUUCCUGGUCUUGCCUCAAGCUUUGCAGCAGCACGCUUUUCCUCUAAGAAGCUUGUAUGCCAAACUGCAUUUUAUAUCAACUCACACAGCUUUUUUUUAGUAGACUGUCCUGUUAUCAGGACUGCUAUUUAUCGACUCUGCUGGCGCAUUUUGCCAGUUUCUUUGCCUUCGACAAAUGGAUACUGCACUGCAGCUGUUGA